AUGCGUCAUUAUGGGGAGUUUUUUGAGUGUCUGGAGAUGAAGCAAGACAAGGGGACCAACCUGGACGGGACGAAGAUCAGCAAAGAGGGGGAAGAAGAGGAGAAGAUAGGAUGGAAAGUGUCGAAAGGGAGAAAGCGAGAGAAAAAAAGAGAGAGAGAGAAGGAGGGGGGGGAAGAUGUUGAUGAGAAAGAGUCCAGAAGCUGUUGGUUCUCGCCUCCAUCCGUCCAUCGCCCGUUGGAUUGGCCAUACAGCGUGGGAGUUGGCUGGUCUAUCAUCCUCUAUCGCCUCGUGACCGACUGGCAUCUCGACACAUCUGGAUUCGCCGCAGACUUAUGCCCACCCCUCAUCAUAGUCCUCUUGGCUAUCUCGUAUAACAUGGAUAUUGGGAUUCUGCCUGGCAAAUGGCGGUCAUCACAUCAAAUCACUAUCAAACCCCAGCCCACUAUCCUGUCAUCUUCCGAACACUCCCGAGCAUAG